AUGUCUACCACUCACAAACAGAUCAACUUCCUCCGCGGAUGGCCGAACCCGGGACUCCUCCCCACACAACUUCUGUCCUCCGCGUGCCAGCGUGUCCUCGCCAACCAAGACGAGUAUACAGAAAUGCAAGAGUAUGGCUCUUGUCAUGGCUUGACUCGUCUCAGGAAGGGCCUUGCCAAUUGGGUUGGGCCUCACUAUGGAGUCACCCCUGACCCAGAACGUAUUUGCAUUACUGGCGGCGCUAGCCAGAACCUGGUAUGCAUUCUGCAAUGCUUCAGCGAUGUUAAUUACACGAGGGCUGUUUGGGUAGUUGCACCGUGCUAUCAUCUUGGUUGUGGCAUCUUUGAGGACUCUGGAUUCGCAGGCAGACUGCACACUGUGCCUGAGGAUGAUGAGGGGAUCGAUCUACCAAUCUUUGACCGCAAGCUGCAAGAAUUCGAAAAGCAGGAUAAGGAGAAGAGGGACCAAAAGGUAAUGCACCCCGCUGAUAUAGUCUAUAAUGAGUAUAGGAAACUGUACAGGCAUCUAAUAUAUACCGUGCCAACAUGCUCGAAUCCUUCGGGCUUAACCAUGUCUCUUGGGAGGAGAGAGGGCCUUGUCAAGCUUGCCCGAAAGUACGAUGCUCUUAUUAUCAGUGACGAUGUUUAUGAUCUCCUCCAGUGGCCGUUGGCUGGGCCAGUAACGCAAGACCGACAGGCUGAACUGAGGCUUCCACGCCUUUGUGACAUUGACCUUUCCAUGGGGCUUUCUGAUGACGAUCCCCAUGGGUUUGGCCAUGCGGUGAGCAACGCAUCCUUUAGCAAGUUGUCCGGUCCCAGUGUUCGGACAGGCUGGGCAGAGGCAUCGCCCGUGUUUAUAGCUGGCCUUGCUCGCACCGCAUCUACAAGGUCCGGCGGCGCGCCGAGUCAACUCUGCGCGGCGAUGCUGGCUGAAGUAGUCGAAAAUGGUCAGCUGCAAAGGUUUGUUGACGAGACAGUACGACCUACGCUGCAGCGACGCCAUAGGCUCAUGAUGGACGCUAUUCAUACAUAUCUUUGGCCUCUGGGGGCCAGAACCCGCGUCAGCAGCCUCAAUGGCUAUAAAAUCUUUGGUGGCUACUUUGUUUGGCUGGAGCUUGGAAGCGAAUCCUCUACAAAGUUCAUCGCAGAUGUACUAAAGACUGAAGAAAAUAUCAUCGUUGGCCAUGGUAAUUUGUUUGCGGUACAUGGAGACGAGAGAAGCGCACUUUUCGAUAACAGUAUUCGUCUUUCGUUUUCUUGGGAGGCAGAGCAAGAUAUUGAAGACGGCAUCAGGAGGAUCGGCCAGUUGAUUUCGCGGAUGAACAGGAACAGAGAGCAUUAUCUUCAACGGGCAUCUACUUCUAACAUGAGCUAA